CGUGAUUGGUGGAGUAUGAGUGAGAUAGGGGAUUUGUAUUACACAUGCUCCCAACCAAGCUCACUGCAUUGUGCAUUUCUGCUUUCCAUUGUUAGCAGUGGUAAAAAUACUUGUUUUCUUUAGCCAACUUGAGAGAGAGAGGAAGUGGGGGAAAAGAAACCAACGAGAGACUAUGAUAAACCCAAUUCCUGACAGAUUAAAGGGCGUAUGGGACGAAUGGAACAUCAGGGGGAUCAUUCUCGUAAGCCUCUCACUGCAAACCAUUUUGAUUUUGUUUGCUCCUUUCAGAAAACGCAUACCUAAAAAACCAGUGAUGUUGCUCAUCUGGUCAUCUUACUUGCUAGCUGACUGGGCCGCAAGCUUUGCUAUUGGACACAUCGCCAACAGUCAAGUCCCAGACUCCAAGAAUCCCUAUACUGAUGAUAAGGGUUGCCACCUUGUUAAUAAAAACUCGAUGAUCUGUCAUGGCACCACUGGUAAUAAGGGAGACAAGUCCCAUGAGAAUGCUGAUCUUCUGGCAUUUUGGGCUCCCUUCCUUUUGCUACACCUGGGUGGACCAGACCCCAUAACUGCAUUUUCCCUUGAGGAUAAUGAGCUCUGGCUAAGGCACCUAUUCAGCCUCCUAGUCCAAGUUGUUGUGACUGGUUAUGUGUUCUUGCUCACACUUCCGGAAAACAAGCUAUUGGUCCCGACAUUGCUCAUGUUUCUGGCAGGAAUUAUCAAGUAUUUUGAGCGGACACGUGCAUUGUUUGGUGCAAGUUUGGAUAGGUUCCGCGAAUCCAUGCUUAAAGCACCUGAUGCGGGGCCCAACUAUGCGAAGCUCAUGGAGGAAUACACUUCGAAGAAGGAAGCAGGACUGCCAACAAGGAUAGAAAUGACACCAGAGCCUGGUAAAGACUCAAAGCCUGAAAAUAAGGCUGAGAAUUCAGAUCAAGCAAAAGAGCUAACGGAACUUGAUGUGGUGAGGUAUGCUUACAAGCACUUUCAAAUAUUCAAGGGACUCAUCGUUGAGCUUAUCUUCAGCUUCCGUGAGCGCAAUGAAAGCCGAGAGUUUUUCCGAGGGAUAGAUACAGAACACGCGCUUAAAAUAAUUGAUUUAGAACUCAACUUCAUCUAUGAAGCUCUCUAUACCAAGGUGGUUGUGGUGCAUAGCACAACUGGAUACAUAUUCCGGGCUAUAUCCGUUGGUUCAGUUGUGGCGGCCUGUGUAAAGUUCCAUUACUUGAACAAGCAUUGUUUCACGAAGUUCGAUGUCAAUGUUACCUACGCUUUGCUAGUUGGCGCCAUUUGCCUCGAUUUUAUUGCUCUCCUCAUGCUCAUUUCCUCUUAUUGGACCAUGGCUGCUAUCAAUAACAACAAGCGAACGGGAAAAUUAGUUCUUAUUGCCCAAAAAUAUCUUAACAUGAAGAAGAUAAGCUGGAUUGAAGACCCCGAAAACAAGGAGAAAGUAUUGGGAACCUUUAUACUAUUUCGCAGGUGGUCUGAAUCCGUGUCAAGUUUUAAUUUGGUAUCAUAUUGCCUCAGGCUACGUCCAUAUCCAGUCGAAGAGAAUUCUAACCUUUUUAAGAAAGGCUGUCGUUAUUUGGGCUCUAUCUUUGAGUGUUGCUUGCCUUAUAUCUAUAAGGUCAUUGAUAAGGUCACUGAUUAUUUGGGUGCUAGGGAGUUUAUAAAUGAGUGGUGGUAUGUGUCUAGCCGCCGACUCCCUAGAAAGCUAUGGAAAUUUGUCUUUGAUGAGCUGCAUGGGAAAUCUUUCCCAUCUUUCCCAGAAGAUGCCGACGAGGAUUUGGAUUUGGAAACUACCAAAAGGAUAUGCUCAGCCAGAGGUGCUUAUGUUAUCCAAGAAGGACAAUGGAAUGGAGGCGAUGCCCAAGUGUAUCAAAAGAUAACAGAGGACUAUAUUGAAAAUGUUACUUUUGAUGAGAGCCUUCUGUUGUGGCACGUUGCUACUGAACUCUGCUUUCAGAAUACCAAAAAAGAGAAAACAGAAGCAGGCAAUCCCUGUUAUUGGUUCAUUUGGUUGUGGCUGAAGCACGUUGUUACUCUUUGCUAUCAGAAUACCUGUUGGUUGUGGCACGUUGCUACUCAACUUUGCUGCAAAGCAGACAAAAAGGACGCAAUUCAAUCCAAUAGUUUUAAAAAAGAAGAUUACAUUCAGUUCAGCAAGCUCCUCUCAGAUUACAUGGUAUAUCUUUUAGUGAUGCGGCCUACUAUGAUGUCCGCUGUGGCUGGUAUAGGGCAAAUAAGAUUUCGGGAUACUUGUGCCGAAGCUGAAAAAUUCUUUAGCAGAAGGACCUUAGAAAAAGGUCAGGUAAAUGAAGCCUGUAAGAAACUCCUUGAUGUGGAUACAAAAGUUAAGCCUGUUCAUGUUAAGGGAGAUAGAAGCAAAUCUAUAUUGUUUGAUGCAUGUAUGCUGGCCAAAGAGCUGAACAAACUGGAUAACGAUAACAAUGACAAUGAUGACAAAUGGAAGAUAAUAAGCAAAGUUUGGGUGGAAAUGUUGUCCUAUGCCGCUACUCAUUGCAGGCCAGCUACACAUGCACAACAAGUAAGUAAAGGUGGACAACUUAUUUCUUUUGUUUGGUUACUCAUGGCUCAUUUUGGUCUGGGGGAGCAAUUCCAAAUCAAUGAGGGCCAUGCUAGGGCAAAAUUGAUUGUGGGAAAGUAGUUGAAUAAUAAUAAAAUGGGUUCUAUACCACUAUCUAUACCACUAUGGGAAAGUAGUUGAAUCAGUGUUCUAUAUAUUGGCAUGGUCUUGUUAUCUGUGACAAAUAAUAAAAUGGGUUCUAUACCACUAUGUAAACCGAUUCCUUGAAUCAGUGUUUAAUUUGUUAGUGUUGCCUUGGUCUUGUUAUCACUACUGUAUUAUUAUUAUUAU